GCUCCACGCUUCGUGACGAGAACGCGUAAAGGAACGCACGGUUUGCGCGCGAACGAUCACAAAUUCGAACUUUUGAAUUUCGAAUUAUCAUUAUCGCAUAGAUUUAUUUAGUGCUGUGUUUGUGUUAGUGAACAUUGAACUGUUAGUUGAUUAUAACUUUCCGAUCGUAGAAUGGUAAAAUUUAUCUUUGAAUUUAGAAGAUUCGAUUGCUGAAGUAGAAUAUUUCGCCGGUACCUACAAUGCCGCAUACAGGACAAGCGGGUGUUAAUCAGCUUGGUGGGGUGUUUGUGAACGGCCGGCCACUACCAGACAUGGUGAGGAAGAGGAUAGUGGAGCUGGCGAUCCUGGGCGUCAGGCCGUGCGACAUCAGCCGGCAGCUGCUGGUCUCCCACGGGUGUGUGUCCAAGAUACUCACACGGUUCUAUGAAACGGGCUCUAUUCGUCCAGGCUCGAUUGGAGGUAGUAAGACUAAGCAAGUGGCAACACCGACUGUCGUGAAGAAAAUAUUGCGCUUGAAGCAGGAGAAUCCAGGCAUGUUCGCUUGGGAGAUACGCGAGAGGCUGCUCAGUGCGAGAGUGUGCGAGCCCCACUCUAUACCCUCUGUGUCGUCCGUGAAUAGGAUACUUAGGAAUAGCGGCCUGGCGUGGAGCGACGAUGACACGAGAAACCCGCACGAACCGUAUCCACAACCUGAAUUGACACCGAACAUGAUUGACUACAUGUCCCUAAAGAAUUCUCUACCGCCCACGCCCAUGCCUCAGCAGUCGCCAUACUUCCCGCACUCUGCAGUAAGAGUUCCCCCACCACAGGCUGACCAACAUCUCUACGACCGGCGAUUAGCUACAACUUGGCUUCUAGCAAACCAACAAGCUCAAGGCCUCUUGAAACCUUACCCCAUAUCACCCUGGCAAAGAGUCAUGAUGCCAUAUCCGGACACAAAGAAUUUCUCUCCUUACGCAAUCAACCUCCACAAUGACAUUAUCAACAGAAUCAACCCAGAUGAAGUGAAAUCAGAAACGUCAGAACAGAUUUCCGUUGAAGCUAGCGAUGACAGCACUGAUAGGCCGGACACGGAUGAACAAGAAUCGAAAACAAAGGAAAAGAAAAAGAACCCAUACUCCAUUGAGGAACUUUUAAAAAAGCCUGACAAAAUCGUAAAUACCUCACCGAUUGGGUUCCAGAACUUUCUACGGCAGCCGAGUGGAAGUUUAAUUGAGUGUCAAGAGAAAACUUUAAGCAAUCGCAGUUCACCAGCCAGCUACUGCUCGGUACAAAGCGUAGCGUCUAAUGAUUGCUCUCUAGAGUCCGGCUCAGAAAUCAAACAGGGAAUGUAAACUAGUCAAAAGUUACAGUAUAGCCAUAUUAAAAAUUGUGUUUGCCAUAACGUAGUCGAUACUUGGUGUGUAUUCUAGACAUUCCAUAGACAUAGACCAUACAUAGACAAAUUAUUUAGGUAAUUUAUUCUUUACUUUAAAUUAUUAUUUACUAUUUAGAAGAAAAUUUAUAGUGUAUGUUAAAAAGUAGGUUUAGAAUGUGUAUUAUUUAGGUAUUGGUAUAAUAUUGUAGAGUUAACAAUAUAAGUUUAAUUUAAAAGAUUGGUUAUUCAAAUAUCCCGCCAAAAUUCUGAAUUUGUUACUAAUUUAAAUGAAUAUAAGCUGUAAAAAUCGAUGAUUUCAUCGAUAAAAAUAAUAUAUUGUAAAUAAGUAAGUUAUGAAUAAGUUUCUGUGAUAUUGUAAAUGUUGUGUAGGUUUGUGUUCAUGCACACAGCACAUACCGUAGAUAACAAAAACUGUACAUGUGCGUGUAGAAAUAAUUAAAUAUGGUCCCGUACUUGAGUAUAUUAUAAAGUCCAUAUUUAUACAUUUAUGAUUUAGUGCAUACCUUCGUUUAAACAUUAGCACAAUAAACCAAAUA